AUGGUUUCAGGUCAAAUCUUUAUUGCUGGGAUUGCUUGUUAUGUUUUAAUUGAUCUUGGUUCAACUUAUUCAAUUGUUACUAUGAGAACAGUGGAUAGGUUUAAUAGACCUUAUGAUAUGCAUAUUAAAGGAUUUGGGACCAUGUUACCAACCAGGGAGGUGGUAACAUCUAGGAAGUGGACUAAAGCCUUGCCUAUGAGGGUAGAUGGUAUGAAACUGUAUGAAGAUUUUAUGGAAUUUACAUUGAAAGCUGGAAAGAUGCUACAACUUGGAUGUAUGGGAUUCUUGGCUAGCGUGGUCAACACUGCAGAAAAUGGAACACAGAGACUGGAAGACACAAUUAUAGUACGAGAUUUCAUAGAUGUCUUUGUGACGGAGUUACUAGGAUUUCCACCACAUCGAGAGAUUGAGUUUACGAUUGAACUAGCACCAGACACAAUGCCAAUCUCAAAAUCACCCUAUAAAAUGACACCAUUUAAGGAGUUGAAAGUUAAACUGGAAGAACUAUUUGACCUAGGGUUCAUUAGGCCAAGUUACUCUCCAUGA